ACUUGGCAACAUCUUCUUAACAGAAUAAUUAGAAGUGAGGUGGUAGGAACUGCUUAGGAAAGACUGGGCUAUCUAACGGAAACUGGUCUUCUUAAAAAGAUGUCUCUGAUCCUGUGCUCUCUGGAACAAACAGGAUUAAAAUAGUGCCACAAUCAAGGAUUCUUCCCAUUCCAUUGAUACUUCUUCAACAGAGUAAUGGGGAUUUUCUGUGCCAUGUGGUGGUUUUUGCUUCCUCUAUUAUCUCAAUCAUUGCCCAGCAAUGCUGGCAAGAGGGACAUUGAAGAAAUAGUGGUGGACAAAAAAAAUCAUGUGGUACCACUAGAAGUGUCAUACUCUGAAGAAAAUAAGACCGCAUGUGGAACAAAGGCAAGAACAAGCUGGGGUAACCUGGAGACUCAUGGACUCCUCAGGGAGUAUGAGGAUGACUUUCUGGUUUCAGUCAAAGAGUCUUGGGAACAGCCACACUUGUUUGGCAUGUGCCUAGAAGAUAUGCAGUCGACAGCUCUAAUGGCUACAAAGCAACUUGCAAACUUUCUUGGAGAUCCUCAAGGAAGACAAUUGGUGAUCAUGCACCUACAAAAUGUGAAGUGGGAACCUGGUGUCAGCAUGCAUUUUCAUGGAAGUGUACAAGAACACAUUUCUCCCAUCCUUCAACACUUGCACUUACUUAUAGGAGUAUUUUUUCUUGAUAUCCUCAAACUUCCUGUGGGUCAUCUUAAAUCCAAGAUCAGGAUGUCAGGAGAAGCUUUCCCACAGCCACAAGUUGUCUGCAUGUCACCAGAGACCCGCUAUCUUGUCCUCAAACUCAGUGGAACAGUUAAGAGUGUUGAGUCGGGGGACCUGAAGCUUCACAUCUCCUUUCAUAUGAAACAGUACCCUGAGGGACUUGCAGUUCCAGCUACUGAAUCAGAGCAGUACCUGUUUGGUAUGGAUGAAAAUUGUUUGACCAAGAUCACACCGGUUAUACUUAUGAUUGUAGGCCAUCAUGCCCAGACUUCAGUCUAUCCAUCCAUCAUACAGUCUGAUCAAACCGGAAGAGGUUCCAGAUUGCAGUCUAACCGAAUGGUGGUCCCAUCUCAGAAAAAAGAUGAAUUUUUACAAACACUAUCUCACUUCUCAACACUUCUGAUGACAUCUGACGGAAAAGCAUCUUCCACUAUUCAUCUUCCUCUUGAUCCUAAUGAUGACAGUGCUGGUGACCUUCGACCCCAACUUUUAAAUGUUACAGAAGUUGAGGCCUUGGAAUGGCUGGUCGAAUCUCAGGAGCCGCUUGUUUUUCUAUUUUUGCCUGGCAGCAAAAAUGUACUGGCCAGCAGAAUUCAAGGUAGCUUAAAUGGAACAUUGCUAGAGAAGAUAACAGAAAAGAUGCAAGUGGUACUAGAAGACCUGAAGGAAAUAAUUUCAACUGCUGAGCAUAUCCAAAUUCUUCAGGGACUUUUAAACUCUUGUUAUGGCUAUUUCAACAUUAGCUAUUUGCAUACGGAAGAGGAGAAAGUACCACAGUUGACAGAAAGUAAGCAUAGGAAACUGCAUUCUCUGAUGCUUCUUAAAAUGUUACAGACAGUUCGAGCCUAUUGGCAGGACCGCAAAAAACUUUCCCGCCAAAACCGGGGAGCAGAUCUGAAACCUCACUGCCGCUUACAAGAGCUUUCCAUCAACUUAAAACCUUAUGCAGAAUAUAAGGAUAUUUAUUUUCCUGAGGAAAUCAACAUAAAUAACUGUGUGGGGCCAUGCCACUUUCCCCAGACCACUCAAAGUGACUAUCAGGCCCAUGUUAUUCUGCUCAUCCAACUUCAAGAGAGAAGACAGUCUGUCCUUGACCGACCUCCAUGUUGUGUCCCGAUACGAUACCAAGAACAAUGGCUGAUGGUAGCACAUGAGAAUGGCAUUAAGCUCCAGCUUUACCCCAACAUGGUUGCAAAAGAAUGUGGCUGCAGAUAAUGGCAUCGGUGUGCAUUAUAUACAUUUAUGUGAGUGAGUCCUUGAUUAAAUAAAUAUUAGCCGCAAGAGCAGGAAAGGUAUUGCCCAUAUAAAACAUUUGUAGCUCCAGCAUCAUUUUUCAAGCAUGGGGUAGAAUGUGGAAAACGAAUGACUGGUUUG